AUGAUUCAGGAACAAACUUUGGCACAAGAAAAAGAUCAAAAGGUUGUUCAAGCCGCUCCUGUGAACGAGUCUGAGAAACAGCCCAGUGAUGUGUAUUCGAAGAUGAAUGAUACGGAUUUCUCUAACAAUCGAAAGGACUCUGCAGGUGAUAUUGCUUCAGCUACCGCUUCUUCCUUAGCUUCUGGUUCAACCACGCCGGUUGCGAAUGAUCAAAGCUCUACUCACUCGUCCGUCAAUGUUUGGGCUGUUCGUCGUGAACAACUGUCACAAAAGGCUAGUGGCUCUCAAGACGAACAAAAGCAAUCAAAAAAUGCUCGACUUGAAGAUCCCAAUAUCUGGCCUAGUCCUGAAUUAGUCGAACAAAAGUCUUCUGAAGAAAAAAAGCAUGACCCAGAAGUGAAAAAGCCUUUGGCCCCUAAAACAAACGGUAAAGAAAAGUGGAUAGUUAUCACUCCUGAAAUAAGUCAUCCUCCUAUUCAUCCUUCUAAGAAACCCAAUCGUUCCAGAAACGAUGGAAAUCGUCGUUCUGGUAGUGCACGCCGUAAAGGCAGUUCCCAAAAUUAUUCUCAAAAUCAAAACCGUCGUCAGGAGAAUGUUCCUCGAAAUACUGCUCAAUCUUUUAACGAGGGUGUUGCCUCUACUGGUACCACGAAGUCUAGCGAACAGCCUAGUGCUGCCAAUAACCACUUCCGCCCUAAUCCUCGUCGAAUCGACGACACCCUCCAAGAAAGAGGCAUCAACGAGGCUUCUCAGAACAAUAGUGGAUUCCGUGGCAGAAACUAUCGUAAAGGAUAUCGCAGCAAGAAUCCCAACCAUCGUUCUAAUCGCUCCUAUCAUCAUCCUAAAGUACAAAAUGUGCCUGUUGUCACAAAUCCCGCUGGAACCGUUCAAUAUGUUUAUGAUGUAAAGGCUUUCCUUACUUCUCAAAUCGAUUACUAUAUGUCCAUAGAAAACCUAUGCAAGGACAUGUUUUUACGUAAACAUAUGGAUGACGAAGGUUACGUUUCCCUCGCUUUUUUAGCUUCCUUCAAUAGAAUUAAAAGUUUGACUAGCGAUAUAAACCUUCUUUUAAGUGCUUGUGAAGCUUCCUCCGUUGUUACACUUAACCCUCAUUUUGAAUCUCCUAUUAUGGCUAAGAUUCGUCGUUCAGAAACUUGGGAGCCUUGGGUUUUGCCAAAAGAACAACGUCUGUUUGAACUUCCUAAUUCUACUGCUUCCCAGCAAAACUCUAAUAACUCAUCUUUGGUAAGUUCGAUAUCUAAUUUAUCUAUUGCUCCUUCUGCCGUAGAGAUGAAUAAUUUGUCUGGAAACAUAAAGGAUAAUUUGAUGCUUUCGGAACCCAAUGCUUGA